CGUUGCUCCCAGACUGAAGCCCAGUGACAUAACCUUUGGGCCACGGCUGACUGUUCCUCAGCAGCAAAGCGCCGGUUUCGACGGGCACUUUAGAACGCCGCUCUGGACGGGCAGUUUUGACAGCACCAGAACGCCGCUUUCGACGCGCAAUUUGCACACAAUAAAACGCCGCUUUCGACGCGCUAUUUGCACACAAUAAAACGCCGCUUUCGACGGGCAAUUUCACACUAUAUAACGCCGCUUUCGACGCGAUUUUUCACACAAUAAAACGCCGCUUUCGACGCGCGUUUAGGGACGGCACAAGACGGCGUAAUUUACGUGCUCCUUUCAAAACGUGCUUGCCAUACUGAAUUCCUCACAUCCGUGAAAUGCGCAGCAGAAUCUGCGCGUUCAUGUUUGCGUCAGAGGGGAUCUACUCUCACAUUUACGGUAAGUGGAAACUCUGACGUAGAGAGGCGCACCUCCAGCUCGGACGGACACUAGCCGGCCGACAGACGAGGACGCAGCAGAGGCGCAGCGCGCGGCUCCUCCGGACACUGCGGCGGGCGCAAACUCUCGGUGCGGCACAAACCGGAGCACGCGCGCACUCGUCGGAACAUCCGCGAGACUGCGUUUCCUCAGCAGAGAAACGAACAAAGUCCCUGAGAAGCUGCUGAUUUUAGGGGGAAAGGAUCCAGUUUCAUCAUGUCGAGCAGCCAAAGAGACUCUGCAGAGGCCAAGAAGAACGACGUGCGGCUGAACGACAAGAAGUGCUCGUGGGCUUCUUACAUGACCAACUCUCCCACCAUGAUCGUGAUGAUCGGCCUGCCUGCCAGAGGAAAGACCUACAUGUCCAAGAAGCUGACGCGCUACCUCAACUGGAUAGGAGUCCCAACCAAAGGUGUGUUGUACAUCUGCUGCACUUAUAUAUGCGUUUAACUUUUAUUUGUGUGUUUGGUUUAUCUGUAAUGAUCACAUCUAUUACAUGAAUGGUUAUAGAGACAGAUCAUGUAAUCAGCUAUCAUUUAUCAAAUCACUUUUCCUGCAAUUUAUGACACAUAACUGUGCUGCAUUUUGAGAAAGAGUAAGUAAAUGGUGCAAAAAAUAGAAUAU